AUAACACAAGUGACUUUGGUUUCUUGGCCACAGCUGAGUGAAGGGCAGAGGCAGCCUGCCCUGGCAUCAGCCUCCCACCGUUCAGAAGACCCAGCCGUGCUGAGCGCUGAGCCUAGCAGCUGCUUGGCGAGGCACUGGUGCUCCUGGCUCCCCAGUCAUGUCCUGGCAGAUCUCUGCAGUGGUGCUGUUCUUCGUGUCUCUGGCUGUGAUUUGGUAUUAUGACAGUCAUCAUAACAGUCACAUGAGAGCAAAUGUGUUUUCAGAAAUCACAGGUUAUUCUUCACCUACAACAGGACAGGCCACAGUAAAACCUUCUCUCCUCCAACCAACUAACCACGUGCCUCACAAAACUGCAGCAGCAAGACUGACAGAUGGUCACGUCACCUCUCAGACAGUUGCCAAAACAUCCAGCCCUGAGACCCUAACCACAAACACAACCAUAGAAGUUCUAGCAACAACUUCCCCAGUAACUACAAAGAGCACCCUACCAACCUCUCCAACAACCCACACCCUAGUCACAACCCUGGCCACACCCAACAAGUCACACGUGACUUUUCCAGUCACUGAGGCUAAAGCUGGCCUCAGUGUAGGUCCCAGUUCACCACCAGUCACCGUCAACCCAGCAGCUCACACCACUGGAAACAGGCCGUCGACUGCCAGCCACACAACUGGGAAAACCACCCAACUCAGUAGCCAGACCACCCUUCCAGCAACUUUGUCCACCUCACCACACAACAUCACAACCAGUCAGAAACCUACUCAACCCACCCACACCCCAGGGCCAACCACAGCCACAUACAACACCACCCAAACAGCCUCGCCUGCCACCAUAGCUCCCAGGCCCACCCUCGCACCGCAGCCAUUGUCACCCAAGACGGGACUUUAUCAGGUUCUCAAUGGAAGCAAGCUGUGUAUCAAAGCAGAGAUGGGGAUACAGCUGACGGUUCAAGACUCCGUGUCGGUCUUUUCACCUCAGAAAUACUUCAACAUCGACCCCAAUGCAACUCAAGCCUCUGGAAACUGUGGCUCCCGAAAAUCCAACCUCCUUUUGAAUUUCCAGGGCGGCUUUGUGAAUCUCACAUUUACCAAGGAUGAAAACUCAUAUUAUAUCAGUGAAGUGGAAGCCUAUUUGACUGUCUCAAAUCCAGUGAAAGUUUACCAAGGAAUGAAACAUGCAAUGAUGAUGUUUGAAACUGUGGUCGGGCAUUCCUUCAAGUGUGUGAGUGAACAGAGCAUCCAGCUCUCAACCCACCUUCAGCUGAAAACAGUGAAUGUCCAACUUCAAGCCUUUGAUUUUGAAGAUGACCACUUUGGAAAUGCGGAUGAAUGCAUCAGUGACAGAAACAGGAGAGAAAUCCCUGUGGCUGUGGGCCUGAGUAUCGCGGUACUGCUUGCCGUUUUGCUAACAGCAUGCCUGGUGACCAGAAAGAGGCCCAGUAGAGGAUAUGAACGCAUGUAAAGCCCCACCUUCUUCAAAAUGUGCAAGGUUAAGGCCUUGGAAAUGCUGGCUGCAUGUUUAGCCUGAAGUGAUGGGAUCACAUUUUCUAGUUGCCAGCCCCACCCUCCCAAUCCAACUGGGACACCAGCUUUCCAACAAAGGCUGUCAAAGCUAGCUACGGGGAGCCCCCACCCCACUUCUUCCCGGGCCAUAUGGGCUUGAGUUCCAUCCACACCUGAUAAUACAAACCUGGCUGGGAGAAUUAGGGACAAGAGUCAUGGAUGUGAGCAGGGUCCUGUGAGAUGGAGAAAGCAAAACACCAAAGGAAAAACUGUGGGAAAGGCAUUUUCAAACUGCGCUGAUUUUUCUUAUAGGCUUCAAAGAGUCUCAAAUUCUAGGCUUUUGUUUUGCUUUACUUUUAAAAAACCAAUCCAGUUCAAUGUAAAUUCCAAAGUCAUUUUAAACUUCUGAAUUUUUCCCACCUCUUGAUUUACUUAAAUUACCAAUGGUCUUAAUAGGCCAUCAUUUUUAAAAGGACAUAUUCUACACUGUUAAAAUGUAUUAUUAGUAAAAAGAAAAAAAAAUAGAAACAUCCCAACAUUUCAUUUUUCCAGUGUAAAGGAUAUACCAAAGAUCUUGGCAAACAAGAGUCUUAAUAAACGUUAGCUCUCCAGUUCCUUCACCUUCAUUUGUUGUCUACCCGCAUGACAUCUUUCUGCUUUGUCUCUAUUUUCCUUUGAUUUUAGUCUCUCCUUGUUGAUUUACUUGUUAACUUGGGCCAUUGUAGGGGGUGGAAGUAGGCAAAGCAUCUAAACAACCAAAAAUGGCAAGAAGAGGGGGAUCUACCCAUUGUUGCAGGAAGGGGGACCCCUUCCAGGGCCCGAGAAUGGGCUCUUGUCUAACACUCGGAAGUGAAUUGUUCAAGGAGACACAUGUGCUGACAAAGCAAGAGACUUUGUUGGGAAGAGGCGCUCCAUGGAGGGCAGGAGGGUAAAGGAACCUAGGAGAACUAGUCUGCCAUGUGGCUUGUAGUCCUGGGUUUUAUGGUGAUGGGAUUAGAUUCUGGGUUUUCUCUGGCUAAUCGUUGUGACUCAGGGUCCUUCCUGGUGGUGCACGCAUUACUCAGCCAAAACGGAUUCCAGUGAGAAAGAUUCUGGGAGGUUGGUAGGACAUGUGGUUUCUCCUUUGACCUUUCGUGAGUUCUUCCAGUUGGUGGUAGAUUGCUAGUUCCUCCAUGUCCUUACCAUGUCCUCCUGCUGUAAAGUAACUCAAGCAAAUGCUUGUUACAGUGCCAGGAUGGCAGUUCCAAUCAGUGUUUCCCCUGACAAGAUUAUUACCCACUUUCCUUUUUUAGCAAACAUUUACUGAAAAAAAAAAAAUUGUAAACCAGAAAAUUCCUGAUUGGGAGUGAUUGGCGUCUAGAGGGAAAGUUCUAUCAAAAUGUGGCUUGGAAUGUUAUUCAUAGUUUUCUAUUACGUUGACUAUUUAAAUAGCAGAACUGGGGUUGCUAUUUCAGAGAAAGGGGAGAGUAAUGGACUUCUGGAUAUUUUUAAUUGUUUUUACUAACAGAAACUGUUGUUGUGUUUCUACGUUUUCCAGAGGUGUCAUUCAUUAAUUUUAACAGAAAGUUUAUGAAAGUUGGCAACCACUCUAUAAGCACCACUUAUCUGGGACGUGUACAGCUUUCCUUUGAGGUGUUUUAGCUCUCUCCACUUUCUCAGAAAUGAUGGGGGUAGGGAGGGUACACUGCAGCUUCAAGAGCUCUCCAAGAGAGGGUCAGGAGUUCCUGUCUCCUUACAAUAGGAGGUAUUGAUGCAAACCUGGGACAUGAGGACCCAGUGUUCCCCAAAGUGACUUGGGCUGAACAGCAAGGGCUUGGCCUUGGAGAGAUGCCAUCCGUCUCAAUCUCCUCCUUCCAGCAGGUAGCAGCCCAUAUCUGCAGAAGACUCCCGUUUCCAGUUCAACCUCAAGUGUACUUGUUAGGUUCUGUACUGCAGAGCAUGGGUUGUUUAUUCAACAUGCUGCUAACCGCCCUGUAGAAUAACUAAAGGAAGGUUCUAGCAUAGAAAUUUCUCCCACAGCGGAUGGAAGACAAAGUCGAAUUAAAAUUUAAAAAAAAAAGAGAGGUAAAGCAAUUCACUUGAGUUUAAUUUCCCUUUCUACCACCUUCAAUGAAUUAUUCAGUGAUGGCUGCUGCUUAGACUCCUAUGAUCUAUCCCUCCCCCCCCCCACACCUAUGAUCUUUAAAACUGCUUUGAAUUAACAUUCUAUUAACAAAGAACACAUUUUAUUUGAAUAAUUAGUAAAUAAAUGCCUGGCUGCAUGAUGGCCUGACAGUUCUGCCCACUAUUGCAGUGAUGUCCCAGGAGGGUCCUCUUCUGAGUGCAGGAGGCUGCUGUUAGUGUGACGUUCUCCAGGAAGCCUCACAGGGGCCUCUGAUCCUUCCUAGCUACACUGGUCCCAUGCCUUAGGCUGUCCUGAUUUCUGCUCAUCCAGCUGGUUCUAACUCAGUUUCUCCCUUCAGCUGAUGGAGAACUGAAUUUACCCGCCUCUCUCUGCAACCUACCUAGAGAUAGUAGAAACCUUCACUAACAUGCACCUGGAGAUAACCUAUCCAUUGUUAAUUUUGAGGUACGCUUGACCCUUGAAGGAUGCCAGGGCUUAGGGAUGCCCAACUUCCCACAGUGGAAAAUCUGUGUGUAAAACAGAGUUGGCCCACCGUUUAGGUGAUUUCCUCUGUACUUGCAUUCUCCAACAAUCCCCAAUAGAGCAGUACUGUAGUAUUUACUAGUGGAAAUAAUCUGCCUAUAAGUAGACCUGUGCAGUUCAAACUGGUAUCCUUCAAGGGUCAACUGUAUUUCCUUCUCAAGAACACUGUUUUACAAACUGGAAGCCCACAGAGGACAUGGUUUGGUAUUCCUUUUACCUUGUUCCAUAAGCAUUUCCCUGUGCUGCUAAAGGUACAGCGUGUCAUUACUGUGGCUGCUAUCCUGAAUAUGCUGUCAAUGUUAUAUGAUAACUUACAUAACUAUUCUGUUAUUACUGGGAAUUUUUAUCAUUUCUCGGUCUUCACGAUGAUAAUGUGAAUAAAGAAUUACGUGUGAAUUACA